AUUUCCAAGUGCUGGAAACAAAAGUUUCACACCAUAUUUUGGGUGGCAUCAUUUUUACGCGCUAAAAAGUGAAUUUUGAGUUUUGUGCUGUAAAAUGGACACAUCGAACAACGUACGCCUGCAACUUCAGCAGCAGCAGGCACGCAAAUCGAAUCAAAACAUUCAGGUCUAUGUGCGCGUUAGGCCGCUGAAUGCACGCAAGCGAUGCAUACGCUCCGCAGAGGUUGUGGAUGUGCUCAAUCCACGCGAGAUCCUCACACGCCACACCCUCGACUCGAAGUUGACGAAGAAGUUUACGUUUGAUCGGAGCUUCGGCCCCGAGUCCAAGCAAUGCGAUGUCUAUGCGGUGGUGGUGUCGCCCCUGAUCGAAGAGGUGCUAAGCGGCUACAAUUGCACGGUGUUCGCGUACGGACAGACGGGUACUGUCAAGACGCACACGAUGGUGGGGAAUGAGACCGCGGAGUUGAAGUCCUCUUGGGAAGAUGACUCUGAUGUGGGCAUCAUACCGCGUGCCUUGAGUCACCUUUUCGACGAACUCCGCAUGAUGGAAGUUGAGUUUACGAUGCGCAUCUCCUACCUGGAGCUGUACAACGAGGAGCUGUGCGACCUCCUCUCCACCGAUGACUCCACAAAGAUACGCAUCUUCGACGACAGCACAAAGAAGGGUUCGGUGAUCAUCCAGGGCCUCGAGGAGAUCACUGUCCAGAGCAAGGACGAUGUCUACAAGCUCCUGGAGAAGGGCAAGGAGCGACGCAAGACCGCGACCACCCUGAUGAACGCGCAGUCCUCGCGCAGCCACACCGUCUUCUCCAUAGUGGUGCACAUUCGUGAGAACGGCAUCGAUGGCGAGGAUAUGCUGAAGAUCGGAAAACUCAAUCUGGUGGAUCUGGCGGGCAGCGAGAACGUCUACAAGGCGGGCAACGAGAAGGGGAUACGCGUGCGCGAGACGGUCAAAAUCAACCAGAGCCUCCUGACGCUGGGCCGUGUGAUUACCGCUCUGGUGGAUCGGGCCCCCAUGUCCCGUACCGCGAAUCGAAGCUGACUCGCCUGCUGCAGGAGUCGCUGGGCGGCCGGACAAAGACCUCGAUCAUUGCCACCAUCUCGCCAGGGCACAAGGACAUUGACGAUACACU